ACUCGCUCGAAUACGUCUCAUAGCGUAACUGAAAGCUAUUAAUUCUCUUUAUAAACGUCAAAAUGCUGUCACUGAAAGCUUUUCUCAGCGAGAGACUGACGGCGGCGGCGGAGGAGAUAUUCGACGCCGUGGAAAAGACCUUAGCCGAGUACAAAGAGGAGAUUUCUCGCUCAAAAGAUCUGGAAAUCAGUCGUCUCAGGAUGCAGCUGAAGAUUCUCAAGUCAGAGCCUCGGUUGGAUAGAUGCAUCGGAGCCCAGCUGCAGUUGCAUCACCACCACCACCCUCCUCCUCCUCCUCCUCUUCCCCCUCAGCAGCAGCAGCACCAUCAGUCAGUCCCUGCAGUGGAGCCUCCUGACUCCCAGCACUGUGAUGAGGAAGAGGGUAGCAGCAUGGAGCAGGAGCUGCCAGAGCCCUCACAGGUGAAGAAGGAGCAGCAGCUGAAGAGCCACAGGGAUUUCUGGAUGGGCCACGAAGAUGCAGAGCAGCUCGACAGCCUCGACUCGGACAUCAAGGACUUCAUCUCGUCUCCUUCCAGCCUGAAGAACAGCCUGCAUGACCACUCCUUACCCCUCCACCUUUACCACAACCACCAGGGCGAGGAGAGCAGAGAGAAACCCUACUGCUGCUCUGUCUGUGAAAAGCGUUUCAGUAACUGCUCCCACCUCGCAGCGCACAUCAGGACACACACAGGAGAGAGGCCUUAUAGAUGUGAAAUAUGUAGAAAGACUUUUAUCACAACCAGCGCCCUGAACAGACACCAGACCAUCCACACCGAAGGGAAACAGUUUGUGUGUAAUUAUUGUGGCAAAUCCUUCAAAUGGAUGGAGUCGCUCGGCAGGCACAUAAGAAGUGUACAUAAGAGAGAUAAUGUGCCUGAAUGACUCUGGUUGAAAAGACACCAAUGUCCAAUAGAGUAGUCAUGUUGUUAGUGUGUGUAAGUUAUCUAUUAUUUUAGUGCAAACAAAGAAUGUAAUGUCUGUUUUCUAUGUCUAGUUGUAAAUGAUGUUGUGCAUGGACCUAAUUAAACCCCAAAAG